ACAGCCAAUGCAAUUUAGAUUGCACAUUAUUAUAAAACCAGACUUGCCCAUUUGUAUGUUAUAUUCAAUUUCACAGUCGCUCUGUUAGUUAUUCUUUCUGCAGAAUGUUGUGGUUGAUGCUUUGCACGUUGGUUGCCUGGCAAGGGAGUUGUUAUGGAGGAACGCAGGUGACGAUGAACCUUCUACAACAUUGGGAUACAAACUGGGAGGGGCAGUUUUCCGUUCCCCUGACGUCGAAUGUGCUGGGAUGGGAAUUGAAAAUACAUUUCAGUACCCCUGUAUCAGGCAUACAGGAAUGGGACGGCACAUGGGUCCAGCAAGGCGGAGACAGUGGUCUAGACUACAUCCUCCUCAACAAGGUUGAUAAGGGUUACCAUGCCGCCGGAAGCACCUUGACGAUUAGGAUGAUGGGAAAAUUCAGCGGAAGUACCCCACCGUCCGCUACAGCUGAGUUUAUCGACCUCACCUCAGACACGCAGACGGUCCCGCCGAUUGUUAUUCCUAACAAUCAAGAACAGACCAAAUACAACUACGAAGAAGUUCUUGUGAAGUCGGUACUAUUUUAUGAGGCGCAGCGUUCAGGUAAACUGCCGUCUAAUAACCGCAUACCCUGGCGCGGCGAUUCAGCCCUAAACGAUACCGGGAGUAAUGGCGAAGAUUUGACCGGAGGAUACUAUGACGCUGGUGACCAUGUAAAGUUCAACUUCCCCAUGGCUUAUACAACAACAAUGCUGGCUUGGGGUUAUCUUGAGUGGAAGGACGCGUACACGUUGUCUGGGCAACAUCAGCAGGUGCUUGAUGCGAUAAAAUGGCCGCUGGACUACUUUCUGAAGUGUCACGUGGCGCCGCAUGAGCUGUAUGUACAGGUCGGAGACGGGGGCCCAGAUCACGGAUUCUGGGGCCGUCCUGAAGAUAUGACUAUGGCUCGACCAGCCUUCAAAAUCACCGAAACUAAACCCGGAAGUGAUGUAGCGGGCGAAACGGCGGCGGCUAUGGCAGCCGGAUACCUUGUCUUUAAACACAUAAAUGCGACUUAUGCAAAUACCUUGUUGACACAUUCCCGACAACUGUACGACUUUGCCAAGAACUUUCUGGGAAAAUAUAGCGACAGUGUCAACCAGGCUGCUGCCUAUUACAGAUCCGAUAGUUACCAAGAUGAGCUGGCCUGGGCAGCCAUGUGGCUGUAUCAAGCGACAGGUGAGGCAAAAUACUUGACGAACGCUGAGCAGGACAGAGUUACCGGUGCUGCAUGGGGAGACUCCUGGGACGAUAAAACAACAUACACUGAUAUAUUGCUGUACAAGUUCACCCACAAGGACGAAUACAAGACCGAUAUUGAGGCGACGUUCACUGACUGGAUGCCAGGCGGUACUCUCCCUUAUACACCCGGUGGAAUGGCUUAUAGGCUACAAUGGGGAGCUCUCAGAUAUACUGUUAACAUGGCGACCGCCGCACUAAUGGCAGCGGAUACGGGUCUCCAUCCUCAACAGUACCGAUGUUGGGCCCUCAGCCAGAUAAACUACGCCUUAGGGGAUAAUCCAACAAACCGCAGCUAUGUCGUAGGCUUCGGUAACAACGCGCCUAAACGUCCACAUCAUAGAUCAAGCUCUUGCCCAAGCAUGCCAGCCCCUUGUGGAUGGGACGAGCAAAAGAACCCAGGCCCAAAUCCCCACGUUUUGUACGGCGCACUUGUUGGUGGACCAGGGGCAGACGACAGCUACAAAGAUGACAGGAUGGACUACGUGAAGAAUGAGGUGGCCUGUGAUUACAAUGCUGCUUGGCAGUCUGGCAUUGCCGGAUUGAUACACUUAGCCGUUCAGCACCAGUUCCCAAAUAGCUGCAAUUAGGAAAAUCGUCCAUUUCCCCUGCUGUCAUGUUAUGUUUAACACAUAGAUGAUUGUAAAAAUGAUAAUAAAAACGAACACCAACUCCCUCUA